AUGCGCCCCAGGCUGGCGGUAGCUACCGUCCCUGUCGGUGGGCGACAGGCCCCGCCCGCGGCGGCAAGAAGGCCCCCGCGUGUUGCUGGCGGCAGGCCUCGCCCAGGGCGCGAGGGGGGCCAGGACCUGCGGCGGGGCGACAGGCCUCGCUUGCGCGGGGGAGGCCUCGCCCGCGGGGGCGAGAGGCCUCGCCUCGCUGCGGACGCGGGAGCUCGCCCGCGGCGGGGCAGAAGGCUCGCCCGUCGCGCGGAUGCGGGAGGUCUCGGCCCGCGCGGGGCCGAGAGUCCCGCCGCGCGCCAGGCGCGGGGCCUCGCCCGCGCGAGGCCGAGAGGUGUUUCGCCCGCGGGGGCGAGGGUCUCGCUCGCCGGGCGGCGGGCGCGAGGGGGCCUCGCCCGUAAACUGCGCGGUGCGAGGUGGGGACCCGCCCGCGCUGGGCGAGGGUCCCCGCCGCGCUGGGCGAGGGUCCCGCGCUGGCGAGGGUUCUCGCCCGCGGCUGGCGAGUGGCUGUCGCCCGCGCUUGGUGGGCUGGCGCCGCCGCGGUGGCCGGUUCCUGACGGAUUGGUCAAUCAGAUGAUGGAACUGGUUGCCGAUCAGAGGAGGAGGAGGCCCCGUCGCUGA